UGACGCGGCUGUCUCGGCUGACGCGACCGACUGUAGGGAGCGAGAUCGACGGAGAACGUCGCACGCUGACGCCGGUACUCAGGUAGGAGCAGCGCACUGCCAGCUGUUGGCGAGAAGUGCUCGGCGGGCAGGAGGAUCGACCUGGCGCUGACCCGAGAGCCGGCGCGUCUGCAGUGCCCGCGGCGUCGUGGCCCGCCGAGAGCGAGAGUGAGUGGAGGGGGGGGGGGCGCCACUGUGCACCUUCACUUUUCAUUCAGGGGUCCGCGGCUGCUCUCUCCGGCGCCUAUAAAAGCGCCGCCAGCCGCUGGCAAAGGCACGAGUCCCAUCACAACAGACGCAGACAUGAAGGGGCUGUGUGUGGCAGCGCUGGUCCUUGUGAUCAGCUCCGAGGCGCUGGGAGGGUAUAUCAGCAGCGGAGGCGGCGGCGGCUGGAGAGGUGGUGGCGGUGGAGGUUAUGGAGGGGGUGGUUUUGGCGGGGGCGGUUUCGGCGGGGGUGGUUACAGUAAGGGAGGUGGUGGCUUCGGAGGAGGUGGCUUCGGAGGAGGUGGCUACGGAGGCGGUGGACACGGAGGCGGCGGCGGCUUCGGAGGCGGCGGUGGUGGUGGCCCCACUAUCAUCAAGAUCAUCAAGCUGAGCGGAGGCGGCGGCGGCGGAGGAUACGGAGGCGGUGGUGGUUUCGGAGGGGGCGGCAAGGGAGGCUUCGGAGGUGGUAGCUUCGGAGGCGGAGGCUACGGAGGCGGCGGUGGCGGAUACGGAGGAGGCGGACACGGGGGUGGCGGCGGAUGGAGGGUCAGCAGCGGUGGCUGGUCCGGCGGCGGCGGCGGAUGGAACGGCGGCGGCGGCGGCGGUGGUUGGUGGUAAUGAGCUGCUUUAACGCGGCGCCGACGCGUCCCGAGAAGAGCCGAGCUCUGCCGAAGAGCUGCACGACACUCGCCGAAGCCGAGUCCCGUUAUCCACCCUGCGGCGACGAGACACGUCGGACGUCGUCUUGUACAUUGCGUAAAUCGUUUCCAAAUUCUGUACACUUUGUAUUCUGGCAUUAUAUGUUACAUUAAAAUUUUGUACCACCAUUUCUAAA